AUGCAUUGUAAAACAAUCAUAAUACUCGUACUAAGUUUGGUAACACUAAUAAUUGCUGGUCUCUUCAUAUAUGCGAUCGUAAAGAGAAAGUACAAAUUAGCUUAUCCCUGGUUAAUUUUUUGUGUAGCUUUUGUAUUCGCCACCCUAAGAAAGGUGAUAUAUGCAAUUAUUGACUCGGCUAAGGGUAAAAUUUCUGGAGAAGAAACUGCUGCCAGAAUUACAACAUUUCUGCUAAUUACAAUUGUUGAAGGCGUUAUUUACUGGUUUAGUUUGACUGUGUAUAAGAAGCUACGUAAUGAAGCAAAAUCUGCUAAAACACCGAUCGCUUAUCAAAGUGAUUAUACCUCAGUGCCAAAUAGUAGUGUUUAAAUAAAAAUAUUUUUUUUUUGUAUUUUUUUAGAAUUUACAUAAAAUGUAAAUAAAAUUAUUUCUGUAAAACAAUUAAUCCUUCAAUAAAUUUUUGUAUUAUA